AGUUGAAAAGGUCUCAGAUAAAUAUACUACUGAUGAGUCUUGUGAGGAUGGUGAAAUUAGCAGUGUAGAUGAUAACAACAAUAUUAACAACCCAACAGAAAUUAAAUGGUCAUUUGAUGUAGACUUGAAUAAUAAUCAAGUAAAUGAGGAAAUUUAUGUGGAGAAACCUUUAAUACCAUAUAGUUUUGAUCUGGGAAUUAAUUCAUAUAAAUCAAUAGAGAAAAUUUAUACAGAGAAAUCUUUAAUGCCAUAUAGUUUUGAUUUGGGAAUUGAUACCAUUAAUAAUAAUUCAUACAAGUCAACAGAAAAAAUUGCCGAUAGUUUUGAUCUGGGAAUUAAUACCGUUAAUAAUAAUUCAUACAAGUCAUCAGAAACAAUUCCUUAUAGUUUUGAUCUGGGAAUUAAUACCGUUAAUAAUAAUUCAUACAAGUCAUCAGAAACAAUUCCUUAUAGUUUUGAUCUGGGAAUUAAUACCGUUAAUAAUAAUUCAUACAAGUCAUCAGAAACAAUUCCUUAUAGUUUUGAUCUGGGAAUUAAUACCGUUAAUAAUAAUUCAUACAAGUCAUCAGAAACAAUUCCUUAUA